AUGCUUACAAAUGCUGUUGGAUCAUCAUCUUCUUCUUCUCUUUCAUCUUCUUCAUCAACAAAUAUUAAUAAUGAUAUGAAUAGUAAUGAUGAUGAUAAAAAUGAUGACAAUAAUAGUAAUUCACUUUUUCCUCCAUCAUAUGAACAAGUGGUGAAAAUACCGUUACCAGUUUUAAUAGAUGUUGAUGGUGAUGACGAACUACCAACUUAUCAGCAAAUUGUUCCAAAUUACCGUGAUCCAAAUUUUUAUUCAACAAAUAACUUAAGUGCAUCUUCUAAUAAUAAUAGAAGAAAAGGCAAUAUAAAUGGAUAUUGCUGUUGUUGUUGUAAAAGGAAAAUACGAACUAAACUUUGUUUGCUAAUAUUUGGAAUAAUCAUAUUGGUGAUUAUUAUUAUAGCUUCAAUUGGAGCUUCUAAUCAUAGAGCAUGUGAUUCUCUUGAAUUAGGUGAUUCAAAUAAUACUCAACUCUUGAGUUUUAAUCCAAAUGUUCAAAAUAAUUUCAAAAUCUUAUCAAAAUAUGUCAAGUAUGGAUCUAUAAGUGUCUCACAGUCUGAUUCAACCACUGAAACUAAUGCACUUGUCAAAGUACAAUAUAAUUCUUUGGCAAAUGAUAGGAUUUAUAUCGAGCAAGGAAUAUCUAAAAAAUCUUUUUACCUAAAAAUUGAUCAAGCACCCUCGACAGUUUUAUUUGGUGUUAGUAUGCCGCCUAAAUGUAUAGUAGCAAAUAUUGAACUCAUCCUACCAUUGAACGUGGAUCUAACAACCAAUGCCACAACGAUUCAUAUAGGUGAUUUUGAUACAACAUUUGUAGAGAAUCCUAUCAAGUACAACCAAACAAUAAUAAUUCAUAAUGAUGAUGCUACACUGCAAUUUAAUGGUUUGCUUGCUAAAUCAUUGAUAAUUUUUAAUGAUAAUGGUAACAUAGGCGGAACAAUUAAAGGCAUCGAGGAUCAAGUUUAUAUUAAUGCUGAUAAUGCUGAUUUAAAUCUAAAUGUUGGAAUUGCUGAUAAUGUGAUCUCUCCUAUAGUUAGGAUCAGAAACGAUCGUGGUCAGAUCGAUGGGUUCACUGGUAGUUAUGAUAUUUCUACAAGAAAUGGUGUAAUCACAACUAAUUCAGUUCAAUCUGAAACUAAACAUUUAAUCGACGUCACAAAUACAUCCAAUAAUAGAUUUACAAAUGGUAGUUUAGCAAUUAAAAAUAUUGAUGGCAUGGUUUCUGUUCUAUUUUAA